AAAUAUUGCAAAGAAUGCCCAAGCGAGCGACUGUUCAUAUUUUUGUUGGAGCCCCCAAAGUAUUUUUGUCUGAUGGGAUGGAAGAAUAUCAAUCAGUAAGUGCUAAACAUAUUUGGAAAGAGACGCGUUGUGUUUAUAAAGACAAAGUUUUAUCUUUGCACAAUAGCUAUCAUCAGAAUUCAAAUACCAAGCACAAUCAAUCCGACAUUGACUGUAUACUAGAGAGAAAAUAUCCGAAAUUCACCAGCGUUUCCAAUUUUGUGUCCAGCACAGUGGAUUGUCAGAUAAAUCCGAAUUUUCAAGAACGUGUGGGAUACUUAAGUGGAAUUCUUCACGAUUGCCUGGAUCCAUCUUUUCCUGCAAAGCCACAGCAACCUUCAGAGAACAAAUCUGAAAGAAGCAGCUCAUUGACAGCUAACACCGAAUUUCUUAAUGUAUUCACAUCUAGCCAGGUUGCCCUGCAUGGUCCUGGUGGGUUUUAUGGGCAAACUGGACCCCCUGUUCAAACAGAAAUAAGUAACUGUGUGUUUCAGUUGAGGUUACCUGAAUGUGCUGAUGGUUCUCUAGAAGGUAUUUCAAAAUCUGAUAAAAUUCACAUCAACCAAACCCAAGCAGUCAACCAAAUCACAGACCCUCUGGAAAAAAGCAGAGGCUUAGAAGGAUUACCUAACAGGCAUCUUGAAGGAUGCAAACAUAUUAAUCACAAUUGUACGAAUUGUGCAUCUAAACGGCCAAGAGUUUUAAAAGAAUUUACUUCUUCCUCCAGAUCACUACCGCAGCAGAGAGUUAAGAAACAUAAGCCAUCAAGCUCGCUGUUAAACACAGAAACAAAUAUGUGUGAAGAGAUAGGGCAAAUUGUCCUUAAAUGGUGUAGUUCUUUGGUUCUUCUUAAGUACUGUACAGAUAAAACAAAAACAUAUAAUAUUUUAGCUACUGUGUUGCACCCUAGUCAUCUAAAGGAAGUUACUGUACGAAGUGGACCAGAUGCUGGCUCAUCAGUUCCAUUGGCGACGAUUGUUGUCUUGGAUCAAUCAGAUAUAGAAUGUAAAGUAGUUAUGUGGAGGUCGGCUGCAUUUUGGACUGUGGCAUUGUUUCCUGGGGAUAUAGUGAUGCUUACAUACUUAACAGUUUGUGAAGACAAAUGGAAUGAAGGGACCUUGCUUCAGUCCACUGCCAAGAGCCAUUUGUUGAAUCUUGGGAGCUCUUCUGUACUGUGCAAGGAUCAUCCAAAUGUAGAGUGUACAGCUCUUCGAGAGCUAUUGGAACAUGUAUCUUCCAAACAUCAGUAUCUAAGAGAUAUUCCUCCACGGCAGCCACAAAAACUGGACCAAAUACCAUAUGUAAGACUAGCACAUCUUCGAGCAGACACAUUAGUGCAUUCAAUUCUGAAGGUUCAAAGUAUUUCAGUGUUAAUAGAGUGCAUGUACAACUACAAAGGACAAAAGCAAAAUAAAAUUGUGUUGACUGUAGAAGAAGCCAAGGGGCAUAAUGGCACUUUGGUUCUGUGGGGAGCUAGCGUAUCUUGGUGUGAUCAAAUCAGACUAAAAAAACACCACGUUUGGGAAUUUAGAUAUCUGUUGACUCACAAGAACUCAGUUUCUGGAGACAUAGAGUUGCACACUACACCAUGGUCAUCAUGUGAAUGUUUGUUUGAUGAUGACAGAAGGUCUACUGAUUUUAAAAAGUUGUAUUUCCAAAAUGAGAUACUGAAAGUAAAGCAAAUGGAUCUUGAUGUUGUUUUAGAGGAAAGAUACUCAGGUGAGGUUCUUGUGAAUGCAAGAAUUAAAGAGUUAAAAUUUCUUACUUCAUUACAUCAGCAUAUCACGAUGGAUCACAAAACAUGUCUUACAGAUAUACUCGUAUCUUUGCCAGAUAUCACAUACACGGGAUGUGCAAAAUGCCAAAGAGAACUAAAAGCUGAUGCAAACGACAUUUACCUGCAGUGCUUAUUCUGUCUCCCAUUCAACCAAGUUAAACUGUUUUAUAGGCCAGCACAAAUAACCAUUACACAUGGGGAAAUUGGAGUCAGUAUUAAUGUGCCCCCAGACAUUCUUCAGAUAAUUUUUCUUAAUAUUUCUCCUAAUUUACUAGAUAAAGUUGUUUUAUGCAGUAACAAUGUGACAUAUGGAAUGGUUGUAUCAGAUCUGUGCUACUCUCUAUUAGCAGAAACUGGUGAAUCUUUUAUUUUUAAAAUAAGAAGCAACUUUGUCCUUGAUGAAAACAGCAUCCCAUUACAACAGGAGUUUAAUCUAUUGGAGUUCCAUCUCAAUCUUUAAAUCAAUAGAUGCCACAUCCAAAAUAAAUCCAUAUUUCAAACUAGCAUUUCUAUCGCCUUACAGAAUACGUUACUAGUUUAUGUAACUAGGGGCUGUUCCUCAAGAACUUUACUUGGUAACUAAAUGAAGCUUACUGUUGUAUGUUUAAACCUUUCCCAGGAAGAAUUAUUUCAUCUAGUAAAAUGUGGCCAUAUUUUUUGUGCCAGGAAAGCUUAAUUGUAUUGUGAUGCUAAAAUAUGCAGGAAUAUGGUUUAUGUGCUACUUACUAUAACUAUGUCUUGUUUACCCAUUGUACAGUGUUGUGAAAUAUAAUGGCGCUACGUUAAGUAAUAGCUAUAAGCACAAAAUGUGGAUAUAAAAUACAUAUUACAACAAAUGAGACCCCUUUCUGCCUCUGGUGCAUCCACAACUGGUUCUAUGACUCAUCAACCAUCUGGCUAAUUGUUCAAACAAGCUGAGGUACCAAUUCUUGUAAUUUAAAAAGAAAAAGUAAAUAUAUUUUUUAUAAAUGCAUAUAUGGCUGUUGAAUGAUUUAUUUGGUGUGUGGUAGCAUUUAUUUUGUUACAAAAUCCAAUCUUCACAUAUAAACAGGGAUCCGAAACUACUUGCUGCGCAUGAGCAUUGCUAGUAUUCAACUAGAA